AUGCCACCGCUGCUCCGUCUCCGUGACCCGACCACGCUGCUCCCGUCACUCGCCGCGGCGUCCCACCUCCGCGCGCUCCAUGCGCACCUCCUCGUCUCGGGCCGCCUCGCCUCCCCGUCCCACCUCGCCGCCUUCCUCGCCUCGCUCGCCGCCUCCAACCACCUCGCCUACGCGCGCCUCGUCCUCCCGCGGCGCCCCGCCACGCUGCUCGCCCACAACGCCCUCCUCCGCGCGCUCGCCCGCGGGCCGCGACCGGGCCUCGCGUUCGCCGCCUUCCGGGACCUCCCGCUCCCGCCCGACCACUACUCCCUCAACUUCCUCGUCCGCGCCGCCGCCGCCCUGGCGGCCUCGGCCGCGGAAGGAAGGCCCGCCGUGUGCACCGAGGUGAACGCGAAGCUGCAGGCGGUGUCCGCGCACGGGGCCGCGGUCCGCUGUGGCCACGCGGCGGACCCGCACGUCCAGAGCGGGGUGCUCUCCAUGUACGCCGCGCUCGGGGACGUCGCCGCCGCACGGGCUGCCUUCGCGGAGAUCGCGUGCCCGGACGUUGUGUGCGUCACGGCGAUGGUGGCGGCGCUCGCGGCAGGCGGCGACGUGGACGCCGCGCGCGACCUGUUCGACGGAAUGCCGCAGCGGGACCACGUCGCAUGGAGUGCCAUGAUCGCGGGGUACGUGCACGUGGGCAGGUCGAGGGAGGCGCUGAUGCUGUUCGACGAAAUGCUGAGUGCUGGCACCACCGUUGGCGAGGCGACGCUGGUCUCUGUGCUCACUGCCUGUGCGCAGAUGGGCGCAUUGGACCGUGGUAAGUGGGUACACUGGUACGCGGGCAGUCGAGGGAUGCAGAUGUCGGUCAAGCUCGGCACCGCGUUAGUUGAUAUGUAUUCCAAGUGUGGUGCGGUGGUGACAGCAAUGGAGGUGUUUGAGAGCAUGGCUGAAAGGAAUGUUUAUACCUGGACAAGUGCGGUUAGUGGCCUUGCGAUGAAUGGCAUGGGGACCGAGUGCCUUCAGCUGUUCAAGCGCAUGGAGAGUGCAGGAAUACAGCCUAACGGUGUCAGCUUUGUCGCAGUGCUCGGUGGAUGCUCUAUGGCUGGGUUGGUAGACGAGGGACGAGCAUGUUUUGACUCGAUGGACAAGUAUGGAGUUGAUCCUUGGAAAGAACACUACGGCUGCAUGGUUGAUCUCUAUGGUCGAGCAGGGCGUCUAGAUGACGCCAUUAAUUUCAUCAAUGCCAUGCCAAUGGAGCCACACGAAGGUGUGUGGGGAGCUCUACUUAACGCUUCUAGGAUUCAUAACAGAGUUGACUUGGGUAAAUAUGCAUUAGACAAGCUCUUGGCAAUCGAGUCUGAAAAUGAUGCAGCUCAUGUCCUGCUGUCUAACAUCUAUGCGGAAUCACAGAAUUGGAAGGGUGUCUGCAGGGUUCGAGGCAUGAUGAAGGCCAAGGGAGUGAAGAAGGUGCCUGGGUGGAGCACUAUUGAGGUUGAUGGCAAGGUACACGAGUUCUUUGCUGGAAGCAAGUCACACCCAAGAUACAAUGAGAUCGAGCUGAUGCUUGUGGAGAUGAAUCGGAGGCUGAGACUGCAAGGGUACACUGCGAACACAAGAGAGGUCUUGUUUGAUAUUGAGGAAGAGGAGAAAGAGGGCGCCAUCUCCUUGCACAGUGAGAAGCUGGCACUGGCCUUUGGGUUGAUCGCCUUGCCAGAAGACGUGGAAAUUAGGAUUGUGAAGAACGUAAGAGUAUGCAGGGACUGCCAUGAUUACACCAAAUUGAUAUCUAAGGUCUUCAACAGGGAAAUUGUAAUGAGAGAUAGGAAUAGGUUUCAUCAUUUCAAGGGUGGGGAGUGCUCAUGUGGGGAUUACUGGUGA